AUGGGGUUAGACAAGGAUACCCACGACAUCUCCAUUGUAUUUCGGGCUCCACAGCAACUAGUAGGUACCCAAGUGUUCUACAAUUCAAUUCCGUUACAAUGCGACAAUGAUGCAAAUAUAAUGUGGGGAGUGAUAAAGCGGGCAGGGCAAUUCAUAGGUUCUGACUUGUAUGUAACUGUCCACACUGUUGGGUUCAAUGUCGACGGGGGUUCGCAAUAUGGCAGUAGAGUUGGAGAGCAAGAAUCAAUUCAUGUAACCGUUGUGCACCCGUCAGUUACACCCGAGACAUCUUUGCCCUACAACUGUCAACCAUGGAAUGGGGUUGCUAUGGACAAUACUGAAGACGCCGAAGUGUUAGGGUCUAUCCAUACCCAUGAGGAUGAAGGAUAUACUCACCGAAAUGAAGAUAUCCAAACCUACUUGGACGAGGCAACCGAAAUGGAUGAGACUCGAGAUGUGUAUGAGGAGUUCAUUGAUAACGAUGGACCGGUAGAGAAUCCAGAAUUGUUAGAUGAACUACAACCAGAAAAUAAUCCGAACCCUAACCCCGAAUGGUUCACGUCAAACACAUGGGAUGACAUUAAUGACCCAUCACCUUCCCUGGAAACAGGUCUGCUGAGUUGGCAACCGGGGGACGAACCGAGCAAGGGGAUGCUAUUCAAGAAUAAAGCUGCGGUUCAGCACGCGCUAACCAUGUUCUCCGUUGGGCUGAAUAAAAAAUUUAAGUACAUGAAGUCAGACCCCGAGAGACUGGUUGUAACGUGUGUACACGAUGCAUGUCUGUGGUCAAUUCGAGCUAUCUACAGCAAAAGGCACAAGCUGUGGAUGAUCACAACAUCUAAGGGUCCCCACACUUACUCGACACUCCAAGUGGAUCAUGAUGGAAGGAUGAUGGAUUCGAAGUUCAUUGUCAUCACACUUGAGUCAUACAAAGCCGUUGCAACCAUCUACGGUGGUUUCGAUGAGUCAUACGCAGAAUUGCCUCGGUUCCUGGCAGCGUUAAAAGAUGCAGAUCCAACCACAGUGACACAGUUGAAGUGCGACCACCGUAGUGUGCCGGGAACUUGCACAUUUAACUGUGCCUUUUGGGCUUUUGGUCUGUGUAUAGAAGGGUUCAAGUAUUGUAGGCCGGUGAUAAGCAUCGAUGCAACGCACCUCUAUGGCAAGUACAAGGGGAAGUUGUUGAUAGUAAUGGCAACGAAUGCUAACAACGAGGUUUAUCCACUCGCGUUUGCCGUUGUUGAGAGUGAGAGCAAGGAGACAUGGGGAUGGUUCUUGGCAUGCCUGAAACGAUAUGUUACGAACCGGACAAAUCUUUGCAUCAUCUCUGACCGACAUUCGGGUAUAAAAGCUUGCUUUGAUGACACAAGGAUGACUUGGUUGCAGCCUCCCCAGGCCCAUCACCGGUAUUGCCUCCGCCAUGUAGUUAGCAAUGUGAACACAAAAUGGAAAAUUCCGGAGUUGAAGAACAUGGUAUGGAGGGCCACAAGCGCGAAUCAAGUUAGAAAGUUUCAGGCCACACUGGAUUUAAUUCGCAAUGUCAAACCGGCUGCACACAGGUACUUGGAAAAUGAAAACAAAGAAAAGUGGACACUUGCACACAACGGAGGGCGUCGAUACGGAGCAAUGACAACCAACCUAUCGGAGUGUUUUAAUGGAGUACUGAAAGGUGCACGCAGCUUGCCAAUCACGGCAAUGGUGAGGUACACCUUCUUCAAACUAAACUCCUAG